AUGCAGCCUUUCGCUAGCAUCCGCAACCUUUACAAGCGCUCCAAAGCGGCUAUCAAGCGCUGUUUCCGGCGCUCGACCAAGGAUUUCGACGCUUCCGCAGAAGAAGCGAGCAUACGGGGCGCGGCUCCCGCCUCAGAAGCCGAUAGCGAGCAUGAGGAUGCGUCAAUCCACUCAAUUCGCACUCGAGGUCGCGCCGAAGUUAGAGCUGUAGCAGGGGGCAGCACAGCGACUUCUGGACGCAUCUGUGCUGAUUUCAACACGGGGACCUGCGGAAACGGCGACCGGUGCAGGAAGGCCCACGAAUGCAGCGUGUGCAGGGGCAAGCAUAGUGCCCGAAGCUGCCCAAACAAGGUCACACCCGAGGUUAAGAAGAAAAAGUGGUGCUGA